AAAGUAAAAACUCCCUUCUCUAUUCAGCUUAUCUUGCAGCAGCAGCUCAUGCAUGCUGUUUCUUUAUUAACUGAGCGCCUAAAAGACAACACUAGGACGAUAUAAAGAUACAUUAAUAACUUGUUGAAGGUCAUCUGAGGUCAUAAAGAGGAAGAAGAGGAAGAGGAAACAUGUCUCGGGGUACUAAUGCAGGUUUCGAUCGACACAUCACCAUCUUUUCACCAGAGGGCCGCCUCUACCAAGUCGAGUAUGCCUUCAAAGCCAUCUCCCAGAGUGGGUUGACGUCCGUGGGGAUCCGGGGGAAAGACAGCGUUGUGGUGGUCGCACAAAAGAAAAUACCUGACAAGCUGCUGGACUCUUCCACUGUGACCAACAUGUUCAAACUAACCCCUCGCAUCGGCUGUGUGAUGACUGGGCACGGCGGGGACAGUCGCUCCCAGGUUCACCGGGCACGAGUGGAAGCAGGAGAAUGGAAAUACAAGUUUGGUUAUGACAUCAUGGCGGACGUGUUGUGUCGCAGGUUGGCCGAUAUCUCCCAGGUCUACACACAAAACGCCGAAAUGAGGCCACUUGGCUGCUGUAUGAUCAUGGUGGCUAUGGACCCCCAGAAGGGUCCCGUCCUGUUUAAAAAUGACCCUGCAGGCUACUACUGUGGCUUCAGAGCCACCGCCGUCGGGGCCAAACAAAUAGAGGCCAACAGCUACCUGGAGAAGAAGCUGAAGAAGAAGCCGGACCUGACCCACGACAGGACAGUACAGUUGGCGAUAACAUGCCUGUCCUCUGUCCUGUCCUUGGACUUCAAGGCCAGUGAGCUGGAGAUCGGCGUGGUCACCAAGGAAAAACCUAAGUUCAGGAUGCUGUUGGAGGAAGAGGUAGAAGCCCACCUGGUUGCCAUCUCAGAACGGGAGUAAAGGUGCCUUCACACAAACUUCAGAUUGCGACUCAUCAUAGUAUUUCAUUUUCAGUGCGCUUGAUUUAGCCCAAUUUAGCAACACUAUUAGAAGCAAUAUUUGACAGUCUGAAGACAAAAGUACACACCUGUGUGUUGAGGAAGAUUAACCAUGCACACCUGAAGACGAAACUCUGUUAAUUAAGAUUGAUAUAGGUUUCAUUUCUAGACAUUUCUAGUGGGCUUUAGCUGGUUUUGUUUGGAUGUAUACAGAAUAUUUGCCAUACAGCUUAUUAAAUACUGUAUGUUUAUAACACCAGCCUUGUUGUCAUCUCCACACUUUCAAAUUUGCAAUAAAAACAACCAAAAGACUCACUGUCAA